UUUGGUCGAUAAAGCGUAGUCGCUGCUGACGACGAACCGCUUGUCACGACGAAGCAGUUUCUUUGUCAUUAAUUGGACUUUCAGUCACUGAACGAGGAUGUCUGAACAGCGAAGCGUCACGCCAACUGGAGGGGCAAAGUCGGGCGUCGGCGUCGGCGCCGACGCCGAGCGUCGGACUGGCAUGAGCGUUCGUACCGGCGCGACGCUCAUGAAAAGCGUCUCCAUAUUUCUGACGAGCGGUCGCAAGGCGUCGGCGAACACAAAGCGGCAGAUCUCCGCCGCUUCCGGUAAGGACGAGUCGUUGAGAAGGAGACGUCGCCGAAAGAUGCCGGAGAGCGGAGGUGCCAGGAACUCCGCAUAUAUCAUCAAAGUGAUCGAGUCCCUCAAAAAGAAGACGAAGUUUUCCAGAGUGGAAUUGGACAGCCUUUGCAAACUUUAUAAAAAGUUAACUACCAAUUCUAGCCAACAACAAGUUGGGCGAUCGAUGUCCAUCGGCAAAAGGCCACAACCGAGGUCGGCUGUCGAGGGAAUUGACAGAAGUAUUUUUCGAGAACUUCUUCACAGCACAUUUCAUGUGAUCACGGAGGAUACGUUAGUGGAACGCUUGUUCUGCUGUUGGGAUCGAGAAAUCGAGGGUGUUAUCAGACUCGAGCCGUGGAUCACAAGACUCGAUGUAUUCUUACGUGGUAGCCUACGUGACAAGAUCGUUUUCUGCUUUCACGUGUAUGAUUUGAACAACGACGGAUAUAUCACGAAGGAUGAAAUCUUUCAGUUGCUCAAAAAUUGCUUGAUAAAGCAGCCCGGCGAGGAAGAUCCGGACGAAGGAGUGAAAGAUUUGUCGGAGAUGGCCCUGAAGAAGCUGGAUGUCGAUCAUGAUGGAAAAAUAUCGUUUCGAGAUUACGAGAUGGCUGUUAAAGAGGAACCGCUGUUGUUAGAAGCGUUUGGACAGUGUUUGCCUACUGAAGAAAGCUGUGCAAGCUUCUUGGCGACUCUUCAACCCUGAAAAUAUGCAAAAACUUUAAUUACACAGUAAAUAUAUUGUAUAACCAUUAUGAAAAAAUGUUUAUAAUCUUUUUAAAAGAAUAUUCUUUGAUUUAAAAAAAAAAACAAUUUUUUUUACAAUAUUUUUAAUAUUUGAAGCAAUAUACUUUUUAGUAAAUACUUGUUCGUAUUUUGUUGAUAUUUGACAACUUGAUAAAGUUGUAGAUAAAAAAGUGUCACUAUAUUCCUGAUAAGUAGUCGAAAGGCGUCGAUGAAGUGGAAGAUCUCCACUACUUCCGGUAAGAAUAAAUCCGGUAAAAACGAGUUAAAAAACAAACAUCACAGAAGGAUGCUUGAGGACAGAGGCGCCAGAAAUUCCGCGCCACAUCGUCAAAGAGAUUGAAUCCUUUGAAAAAAAGGAUGAGGUUCUCUAAGUGAGUUUACAUAGACGCGUGUCUCUUAAAUUAAGUAUUCAAUAUUUUAUCACUCUCGACAAAGAAUGAUAAACAAAUGAUGAAAUAAACUUAAAUCAUUAGACGAAAAAUUAAUGGAAUUAGAUAAUUUACACGAAUGAAUUUCUCCUAUGUAAUUUAUUAGUUAUUCUGCGUCAAUGCUUGCGUCCAACAACGUCGCCGGUAAGACAACAUUUAUAAAAUUAUGUAACAAAAUCUUGCAUAAAAAUUAAUUAUCAGCAAUUAUAUAAUUACGUUUACAAAAACAGAUGUAGAAGUAUUGACUUUUUAUAAAAUAUUGAUAAAUGUUUGUUCAAUUAAUUUCGAAAUAGUAUUUCGAUAAAACUAUGACGAUAUAACGAAUUGUCUUAGUGAUAUAUUUACAAAAUUAAAUUUAGAAAGAAAUUGUUUUAUAAUUAAGAAAAAUAUUUUUAGCUGUUUUAUGUAUAAAACGUUUAGAAAUAUAGAAAUCAAAAAUUAUAAUAUCGUGAUACAACACUCAUAAAAGAAUUAUUACAUUGAAAUAAAGUUUACAGAAUUUUUAUUCACACGUUGUUGUGAAAUCAUCAUUGGCUUUAUUUUUAAAAUUAAUUUAAAUAAGGCGAAUAUCAAGUGUUAUUUAAAUUUUUGUUGGUUCUGAAACAUAGUUGUUAAACAAUGACAAUGAUAUCUCUAAUGGUUUUAUGGCUUUAAAUACAUAAUGAUUUUAAAGAAUGAAAAAUUAAAAAUAUAUAAUUUUGUAACAAAAUAUUGUGUAUUUUUUUAAACAAAACCAACAUUUUAUUUUUUAGAUGGUCAUAUCAUCAUCCUGUUUUUUCUUCCACCUAUUAUAUAGUGCCAUCACAUUUUUAUAAAUUACGUUUUAAGUAAUAAAUAUUUCAUAACAUUAAGUCUAGAAUCAUUAAACACUUUGUGUAAAUAAUCGUUCAUGUUUCAGUAUAAAAUAUUGAUUAUUAAAAGUUAUUAAAUAUAAUGUAAAUAGGUGCCAUAUUACUACCUUCUUCUCUAACAUUUAUCGUCAGUGCAAUUGCGAUACGUAGAAAUAGGUCAAUUCGAUUGAACACUUGUACGUGUAAUUGAGCAGAAAAUACAUCAGUUGUCAUAACGUGA